GAUCUGACGGUUCGCAACGCUCUAUAAAAAAACACCCUAGUCAUAUAUGUGAAAAAAACCCUAACCCCUUCCAUCUUCUCUGCCUCUUUCUGCUUCCCCAGCUCACACACCUCCAGAGUUCAAGAUGCCGUUCAAGAGAUACGUGGAGAUCGGGAGGGUCGCUCUCGUUAACUAUGGCAAAGACUACGGAAAGCUCGUUGUCAUUGUCGAUGUUAUCGACCAGAACCGAGCUCUAGUUGAUGCCCCAGAUAUGGUGAGGAGCCAAAUGAACUUUAAGAGGCUUUCACUCACUGAUAUCAAGAUCGACAUUAACAGGGUUCCAAAAAAGAAAAAUUUAAUUGAAGCUAUGGAGAAGGCUGAUGUUAAGAACAAGUGGGAGAAUAGCUCAUGGGGUAGAAAGCUUAUCGUCCAGAAGAAAAGGGCAGCUCUCAACGACUUCGAUAGAUUCAAGUUGAUGUUAGCCAAGAUCAAGAGGGGUGGAUUGAUUAGGCAAGAGCUGGCCAAGCUGAAGAAAGAGAAUCCAGUCUAAAAGUUCUUAUUUUUAAGUUAUCAAUUUUGUUAUCAACAUUGUGCAAGUUAUUUUUUGAAUGUUAUCCAGUUGGUUUCGUAUUCACUUUGAUAUUGACAACAGUUCCAAGGAAAACUUUCUUUAUGGCAGUUUUGGCUGUGAGUUUGUGCAACCUUUA